AUGCCUAUCAUUUCGAAGGAACAAGCAGUGUGUAUAUUUUACUGCCAAGAGUAUAACGAGUCUAAUGUUGCUGAACUGACGAAAAGGAUCGAAGAAAUGAAAGAUGUUGAUAUAUGUUAUUUGGAAGACCCCACCGAACCUAUUUUGGCGUGUAUCAUAACUAUAAACAGCCGGCCCUUUCGCUAUCACUUGUAUACAACAGGAAUUCCACGCACAGAUGAUAAUCAACAAGAGGAAAAUAAAGUUCAAUUUGUCAGUCAUGCUCAGGUUAUUCAAUUUCUUAACAUAGCAUACUUGCCCAGUGAUCCAAUGAAUGAAGAAGUCUACGAAUGCAAAUCUUUGGCCAACAGCGACAUACUUUCAAUGGUUUGUAAAUAUACCGAUUUAUUUGACAAAAAGACCGUUAUUUCUUUUGGUAAAUGGUGUACAAAUAAAGUAGACUUCACAGCUGCACACUCGAAAAGAAGACAAUGUGACAGCGGGAAAGUCAGCGUACGCUCACUGUUUGUUGCAAAAGAACAAUAUAUUGAUGAUAUAGCAAAAAAAGUACUGGAUUACUUGCCUCACUAUCAGUUGUUAAUUCAAAAUCUCAAGAAGGAAAAAUACAACAUUGUAGGCUAUGCAAGAAAAUCUCGAACAAAUGAAAACGAUGAAUCUCGUACUCGGCUAUUGCAACAAAUGGCCAGUAGAUUAAAAGAAAGAUCGUUGGUCGACAAGAUUUUCGUUUCCCCUCGUGCCAAUGCCAAUGAAUUGAUGGUAGAAAGGGAUUUGAUAACAAACGAAGAUCUUUUUAAACAACUGACUGUCGAUGGCGACGCUCAAGAUUUGCUUAAUUACAUCAACCAAAAUAAGAACAUUUGCUUAAUUAUUCUCGGUUAUGCGGGUUUAUCAACCAAUUGUAAAGAUUUGGAAACCUUUUUACGCAACAGCAAGAAUAUUUGCAAAAUUAUAGUUGAUCACUUGCCAUUUGACAACACAAUCAACAUUUAUAAUUGUUGCGAAUUACUACAGGAUCCAAAAAAAUUGCAGAUUUUCAACUGUCGAACAAGGACAUACCAGAGAUCAAAGUGA